AUGUGGCUCAAAGUAAGGUUACGCUGCCCUUGGCACUGUAGGCAGCAUGGCAACUUUUCCUUUAUCGGCCGAUCCUGGCUGCUCAUCUCAUUGGUCGUAGCAUCCUUACUCCUGCCUCCAUAUUUUGCUCAUAACAGCUCACAGACAGGCCAUUACGUUGUGGACUUUUCAUCUGAAAUUGUUGAUAAUGAAUUCAUAGUCAGCUUCAAGCAGUUUUAUAACCCAGAAUCCCGUGUAAAGUUCAUAAGAGCCGCUCUCGCGUCCCUGGAACCCAAUGGUUGGCAAGUUCUUCCGCGGGAUAAUCCCGCCAGCAGCUUUCCCAGUGACUUUGAAGUCUUGCAGAUUCAAUCUGACAUAAUUGAAGAAAGCAUAGAGUCACUGAAAAAUCACAAUUCUAUCAAGCAUGUUACACCCCAAAGGAAAGUAACCCGUACUCUUGCAUACCGUAAAGGAGCUGAUAGGAACCCCUAUAAAUCUGAUUUGCGGGAUCAAGACUGCGAAAGCAAGAGUAAUAGUUCGUGCAAUUUUCAGAAGUGGUUUUCAUCUCGUCAUUUCACUCAGAGAUCAAGUCUCUCCUUGGGAUCCACAUUUUGGGAAUCUGCUGGAAAGUUUGUCAGACGUCGAUUGAUGAGAGCUGUUCCCAGACAAAUUACUAGCACAUUACAAGCUGAUGUUUUAUGGAAUAUAGGGAUCAGAGGUGCUGGAGUAAAAGUUGCCGUAUUUGAUACCGGUUUAGUGAAAAAUCAUCCCCAUUUCAAAAAAAUCAAAGAAAGGACAAACUGGACAAAUGAAAAAACACUUGAUGAUGGACUAGGCCAUGGAACCUUUGUCGCCGGAGUUAUCGCAAGCAAUCGAGAGUGCCUGGGUUUCGCUCCUGAAUCAGAAUUGCAUAUUUAUCGAGUAUUUACUAAUAAUCAGGUUUCUUAUACAUCUUGGUUUCUGGAUGCUUUUAACUAUGCCAUCUUGAAGAAAAUUAAUGUACUUAACUUGAGCAUCGGAGGGCCGGAUUUUAUGGAUCAUCCAUUUGUUGAUAAGGUCUGGGAGCUCACUGCCAAUAAUGUGAUAAUGGUGUCUGCUAUCGGUAAUGAUGGACCACUGUAUGGUACUCUUAAUAAUCCUGCUGAUCAGAUGGAUGUCAUUGGUGUAGGAGGAAUUAAUUUUGAAGAUCAAAUUGCUCGUUUCUCUUCUAGAGGCAUGACAACAUGGGAAUUGCCAGCUGGAUAUGGCAGAGUGAAACCAGACAUUGUAACUUAUGGAUCAUCUGUGAGAGGAUCCAGUAUUAAAGGAGGAUGCAGAUCAUUGUCUGGUACAAGUGUAGCAUCACCUGUAGUUGCUGGAGCUGUUACUUUGCUGAUGAGCGGGGUGAUUCACCUUGGUGGCGCCAUCAAUCCAGCCAGCAUGAAGCAAGCGCUGAUGGCGUCAGCUCGUCGCUUGCCCGGUGUUCCAAUUUUCGAGCAGGGGUGGGGGAAGCUGGAUCUGGUUCGUGCUUACCAGGCCCUGCGCAGCUACAGGCCACAGGCAACCCUCAGUCCCAGCUAUCUGGAUCUUACUGAAUGCCCAUACAUGUGGCCUUAUUGCUCACAGCCAUUGUACUAUGGUGGUCUUCCUACUAUUGUAAAUGUUACAAUAUUGAAUGGAAUGGGUGUUUCAGGAAAAAUUGUUGGCAAGCCCCAAUGGCAUCCCUACACCCCACAGUAUGGCCACCAUCUGGAAGUGGCACUUUCCUACUCAGACAUCCUGUGGCCCUGGUCUGGCUACAUAGCUGUUCAUAUUACCGUGUCCUCACUGGCUGCCAGCUGGGAAGGCAUUUCUCAGGGACACAUCUCAUUUACAGUGGAAUCCCCACCAGAGGAGGGUGAAACUGAGCCUAGAAAGUCUCACAUUAAACUUCCUCUUAAAGUGAAAAUCAUUCCAACUCCUCCACGAAGUAAGCGUGUACUGUGGGAUCAGUAUCAUAACUUAAGGUAUCCACCAGGAUAUUUUCCUAGAGAUAACUUGCGUAUGAAGAAUGACCCAUUAGAUUGGAAUGGUGAUCAUAUUCAUACAAAUUUUAAAGAUAUGUAUCAACAUUUAAGAAAUAAUGGUUAUUAUGUUGAAGUUUUAGGUUCACCUUUUACUUGUUUUGAUGCUCAGCAAUAUGGUGCACUGCUGUUAGUUGACAGUGAAGAAGAAUUCUUCCCCGAAGAAGUCUCAAAGUUAAUCAAGGACAUAGACAGUGGUCUUUCUCUUGUUGUCUUUGCUGACUGGUACAAUGUAUCUGUUAUGAAGAAAGUGAAGUUUUAUGAUGAAAAUACUCGACAAUGGUGGAUGCCUGAUACAGGUGGUGCUAACAUUCCUGCUUUAAAUGACCUUCUUUCACCUUGGGAAAUUAUUUUUAGUGAUGAAGUGUAUGAAGGUGAUUUGACUCUCGGCAAUCACGAAAUGUAUUAUGCUUCUGGCACAAGUAUUGCUCGCUUCCCAAAGAAUGGUCUGGUUGUUAGCCAAACCCUCAAUAACCAAGGCAUGGAAGUACUGAAAGGCCAAGCCGACAAAGUGGACAAAGUCCCCAUCCUGGGGCUGUAUCAGACGACUCAUCGACCUUCGGCAGGUCGCAUCGUUGUCUACGGGGACUCUAACUGCCUGGACACAGCCCACAUGCAAAAAGAUUGCUUUUGGCUGCUGGAUGCCCUGUUGCAGUAUGCCACGACGACCCAUUUACCUCCUAUAUUCGAAGAACUGAAGUCUGAUGAAGUUCUGGAUGCCAAGAGCUUACCUCAGAGGAUGGAAGGUAACCAUUUGUACCGGUACUCCAAAGUGUUGGAACACCAUCUCGGUACUCCUCACACUCGUCCUCUGCCCACAUGUCCUAGACUCAGUUGGGUUCGUCCACAGCCCCUGAACAAGUCUGGACCAAGCACCCUGUACAAGGCCCAGAAGCUGCUGUCUGUGAACCUGGACGCCGCCCCCUUUCCCUUCCGCCCCGAGCCCCGGAUGUCAGAGCCCCCCUGGGACUCUCCCCCUCACACAGUGACUGAAUCCUGGUUAUUACCAGGUGGUACUAAAGUCCAGAAAACGUGCCACAUGGUGGCUCGUUGUAGGACAUUAUCAUCUCCUUUUUCACCCCCCUUGCCGGACAUUGUGGAAGUCAGAUGCAACAUAGAAGUGCAUCAGCAGACGGAAGAUGCCUCUGAGCAACAUGCUGCUGAUUUCGACACAUCUGACUUGGAGGCGCAUCAGCAGACGGAAGAUGCCUCUGAGCAGCAUGCUGCUGGUUUCGAGACAUCUGACUUGGAGGCGCAUCAGCAGACGGAAGAUGCCUCUGAGCAGCAUGCUGCUGGUUUCGAGACAUCUGAUUUGGAGGCGCACCAGCAGACGGAAGAUGCCUCUGAGCAGCAGGCUGCUAGUUUCGAGACAUCUGGCUUGGAGGCGCAUCAGCAGAUGGAAGAUACCUCUGAGCAGCAGGCUGCUGGUUUCGAGACAUCUGGCUUGGCCGUGCACCAGCGACUGGAACAACACUUAAAUGUCUCCGAGCAGCAGGCUGCUAACUUUGAGGCGAGAUCUGACAUGGAUUCCAGUGCCAGUCAACCAGAAUUUAAGUUCAACCGCAUCACCAGUCACCAUGUCGAGGUUCACUGCAGCUUUGUUGCUUAUGGUGAAACCGAGACAACCUGUAGGUAUGAGCCGUUGAAGAGUGCAUUCUUGUUCUUUUUGGAAGCCGAAAAGGGUGUUUGUAGAGCAGCUAAAAGCAUCAUAUGUAAUCGGUGA